GUAGCAGAUGAAGAAGCAUUAGCUAAUAAUGACUCACGUGCCUUCAAAGCAUGCCACCCCAAAAUAAAGAGCUUCUACUUUGCAACAGACUGCCUUGAAGAAAUGAAUAGAUGGAUGAAUCGUUUGGGUCUUGCAGCAAUUGGUUACACACCUGAUGACAAGGAUAUUCAUCCAGAUGAAGAUUACUGGAGUGAAAGCGACCAGGAUGACAUCGAUGGCUCUUUAACCCUGAAGCAGGAAGGCUCCUCAGCACUGUGUGACACCUAUCAUCGAACACCCUCAGUGAAUUCUUCCAGCCCAUUCCCUGAAGCCCCGCACGGUCGACACUUUUCAAGUGAAUCAACAUAUUCUCAUUCUUCUGCCGAGGAUUCUCGACAAGAUGUAGCAGGAAGCACACACUCAUCAGCAUGCAGACCUCCCUACCGAGAAAGACGCUCAUGGCAGGAUUUGAUAGAGACUCCGUUAACCAGUUCAGGGCUCCAUUUUCUUCAGACUGUUCCUCCUGAUGCAGAGUACGUGAGUGGCUGGCCUGGAAUGUCGCCGGACAAACGAAGACAAGCAACGCUACCAGUGCAAAGGCGUCAUAAUUAUGAGCAGGAUGGGCCUUUUCCUUUGGUGGAAUGUCAGAGGGGACAUAGCGCUCAUAGCAGGCCGCAGAAGCAACGCAGUCAAAGCCUUCCCCGAAACAGAGAUGUGAGGGGUAAGGGACGUGUAAAGUCCAUAGAAGGAACAGACGACAAGCUGGAAGAGAAAGUCCCUAUCAGAAGGCAUAACAGUUUCUGUGCAGAAGAAAACGUAAAAGAAAUUGGAGAAAAUACAGAUGGUCUACAAGAGCUAUACAAAUCUCUGGAACAAGCUAGUUUGUCAGCUUUUGGAGAGCAGCGUCCUUCCACCAAGCAGGAGUUCCGCAAGUCUUUUGUAAAGCGAUGUAAUGAUCCAGUCAUCAAUGAAAAGCUUCACCACAUCAGAGUUCUCAAGAGCACUUUAAAAGCAAAGGAAGGGGACCUCACAGUUAUCAACAGCCUUCUGGAUGAUCCCAACUUAACAUCAAAGAAGUUUAAAGAUUGGAAACUAAAGAACUAUGAGUUUUUCCUGGACAUUUGUGAGUACAGUGCUGCUGUGAAAUCUCAAAACGGAGCCUCUGAACUUGCAACCUCAGCACCAAUGCUGACACAUACACACUCAUUCAUUGAAACUCAUGUGUGACAGGACUCACAUCCUGAAUAAUUGCUGGGUGCCAUGAAAAAUCGAAUAAGACAAACACUGUAGUAUUUAUUGACAAUGUACUCAGCAGUACUGUAAAUAAGUUGGAUAAGAGAAUAGUGCCACAGGAUGCCUACUACAUUGCAUGAUAAGACAAUAAUAUGCUUUAUGAAUUCUUCUGUUUGCUGUUAUCAACCGAUGUCCGUAUCAAGCUCUGCAUUAGAAAGAAGCAGUGCAGAAGUGUAACUGAAAAUAAAUACCAGGAUAUUUAAAGUACUGUACUAAAACUAAGCUUGUAUUAUGAGAUCCUACAAUCAUUUUAUAUAUUUAGAUAUAUAUGAAGACAUAUCUAUGUAUAUAAAAUGUAACAUGGUAGUUGAUAUUUACUUUGAAAAUGCCCUAAAGUUUACAUUCUCACACAUUUUUUCUUGAGAAAAAUAUAAAAUUAAAACAUAAACACAUUGGCGACUCUUAGAGAUGAACAUUUAUUUUUGCAACAUUUCCAGGUAGUGACCAUCUUUGCAAAUAAAAGGACAGAGUUAUCAAAAUGUAAACUCAAUCCCUAUAGUGUGCCUUAAAAUGUACACUGUACAUCUAGUAAAUAGAUCCCAGUCUGGCCCUAUGGGCAUAUUGUA